UUUCAACCAUUUACUCGGAUGUUCCAAAGAGUCCUAAACCCUGAGAUAUUGCCCAGGGUAGGUAUAGUACGAGUAGUUCCGUGGUUGAUGCAAACAGCGCAAUCGCGACCCGCUGUCACAUGUUACACCAUCGUCACUGAUCGCAGCCCCAACAGUUUCCUUCCUCAACAACAUCAUGGACACGGGCCGUUCAACAGGGGCCCAGCAGCCCGAUGGGCUGCGUGAAAGAAAUGUGGCUCGCCCUGAUUCAACUGGGGGUCGUGAUGCUCUGACUGCUACCGGGGAGAUCGAGAUCAAGGAUGGGGCUGGCAAGGACCAGAAGACCUUUGGGCGGACGCCCGAUGGAAAAGUGUUCACGGUGCCCCAAACCCAUGAUAUGGUCUCCCAGCUUCUGUCGCCAUCCGAACCUAAGAACAUGUCCGAUGCGGUUGUGCUAGUGCUGCUGGCACUCCAUAUUUCGCUCCUUUGGAUUCUUCCGGCGGGCGCCAAGGUGCCGGUCUUCGCGAUCGUCUACCUGUUCUGGCGCGCGGCGUACAAUGGCGGAAUUGGAUGGCUGCUUCACAACCAGUCGCAUCACAAGACAAUGAUUCGAUGGGCGGAGAAGACGAAGAUCUUUGUCAACCCGGCCACGGGCGACAACCCGCACCCUACUCUGUACAAUUGGAUCAAGCGGGAGUUGGAAACCAAGAUCCCGCAAGAUUACAAGUUCGACAAUGCACCCAUUGAAUACAACACAUGGCUUGUCUUUAGACGUCUCGUGGACGUGAUUCUGAUGUGUGACUUUACCUCCUACUGUCUGUUCGCGAUAGCGUGUGGUCACCGUCCCGUGGAUGAGAGUAUGAUCAUGACCGUCCUCAGGUGGACUGCGGGCAUCGUGCUUGUGCUGUUCAACCUCUGGGUCAAACUAGACGCACACCGAGUAGUCAAGGACUAUGCCUGGUACUGGGGUGACUUCUUCUAUCUCAUUGACCAGGAAUUGACCUUCGAUGGUGUCUUUGAGAUGGCGCCACACCCCAUGUAUUCGGUCGGCUACGCAGGCUACUACGGCAUCUCCCUCAUGGCAGCCAGCUAUAAAGUACUGCUCAUCUCGAUCAUUGCCCAUGCAGCACAAUUCAUCUUCCUGAUACUCGUCGAGAAUCCCCACAUCGACAAGACCUACAAUCCGCCACCACCCCGAAAGCGCUCCGUCUGUGUGGAUUCGACCGCGAGCCUGCCUAUCGACUCAGACACCCCAUUUGCGCCCAGCCCGUCUGACGACCUGCCUCCCAAUGCGUCAUCAUCGUAUUCGGCCAAGCCCCCGCCGUCGGUUCACAACCUCAUCGGACUGAACAAUCUGGAUUUGUAUAGAAUUACGGAUUCCUCCAUCAUACUUAUCCUAUUGCUAGUAUUUGCCGUCGCUGCCUUGACCCCGUCCACCCCGCGGUAUCAGUUCCUGUUUAUGAUCAAUGCCGUGGUCUGGCGCGCGUGGUUCACUGUAGGCAUCGGGUAUCUUCUCAACAACCAGUCCAACAACAAGGCCUGGACCAGACACUUCCUCAAAUUCGGUGAAACGCCGCAGGAGGCAUGGAACCAGUGGAAGGGCACCUACCACCAGAGUAUGAUUAUGUGCUACGCCAGUUUCAUUGCCGCGGCAUGGAAGAUGUACACUUUCCCGGCCGACUGGGGCUACGGCUUGGUCCUGUUCCGUCACGUUCUGGGUGUAGGCCUCAUCAGUCUGCAACUGUGGACAUCGGCCAGCAUCUAUGAUUCCCUCGGCGAGUUUGGCUGGUUCUACGGAGAUUUCUUCUUCGACGAGUCUCCCAAGCUCACCUACGAUGGCAUCUACCGCUUCCUUAACAACCCCGAGCGUGUCUUGGGCCUCGCAGGUGUCUGGGGUGCAGUGCUCAUCACCAGCAGCGGUGCAAUCACCUUCCUGGCUCUGCUGAGCCACAUCCUGAGCCUGGCUUUCAUCCAAUUCGUGGAACGCCCUCACAUGCAGAAGCUGUACGGCCGCAGCAUCCGCCAGGAUGGAGGUGUUGUCAAGAAUCUGAAGAAGUCUCUGCCUUCCCCUCUGAAGCAGCUGCACGGCAGCGUUGACAAGAUGUUCGACGACUCCUUUGAGUUUAUCGAGGAGAUUCUCGACAGCGCUCGCCCUAAGCUCGCUGCCGGCGUCAACACCUUCGUCAAAGAUACCACCGCCCUCUUCCAGAAGUAUCCUGCUCGUGUUACCAUCUCCCGUAUCGAUGCCGACCUGGCUGGACUCGACCUAGGCGACUACUCCCUGUCUGUUGAGGGCACAGAUGCCAAAUCAUUUGACGAAAGCGCGCAGGCCACGGGUCGCGAAGGUGCCAAUGCCCAAGCUCCUCUAGACCGCCGCGGCGACCUCAAGAACCUGACGUUCGAAUACGGCGCUCCGAUCAAGGUCAAGUGGACUGCCCCGAUCAACCACAGCAAGAAAGACUGGAUUGGUCUCUACCGGGUCACGGACAGCACUUCGCGGGAAGUCUCUCGCGUCUCGUCGCAAGGCCGUUGGGUCGCGACUAACGAGGGCUUCUACGACAACCUGACCUGCGAGAAGGGCAUCGUCACAUCCGACGUUGUCAUUCGCUCCGAGGACAAGCGCGAGCUUGCAUCCGGCGAGAUCGUCUUCACCGGUGAUAAACUCUUCUGGACACAGGGUGUCUUCGAGUUCCGCUACCAUCACAACGGCAUGCACAAUGUCAUGGCUAUUUCCCGACCGUUCGAGAUCCGCAUCCGACGCUUCGACGAGGAUGGUGCCGCCGUCGACUGUGAUAGCAUCUCGCAGACCGCUGUCGAGAAGGCCCUAUUACCUGUUGUUCGCAACUGUUUCGAUCAAGACCCCGAAAUUGCCCCUGAAACCGUUGAAGAGCAGUUCGGCAGUCUCGUUGAGCGGGAAGGAAAGUUCGCCAAACGUGUUGUCUUUGCUGUUCAUCAAAUGUUCGGAGUCGAGUUGGCACCUGAGGUCGUCAAGGCUGAUGGUAACGUCCUCAACCUUGCUUGGAGGAUAUGCAACGCCAAGAAAGUGCUGGCCCCGUAUAGCAUGUCUCGAUCGAAUGGCACCACAACGCCAGUCGAGGGCAAGGAGUAAGCCCAGCGGCUCCUGUGGGAUGUCCUGAUGUCG